UGCGACAGGUGAGACGACCAGCCAUUACUCAGUGAUACGGAUCUCGCUACACGACUUGAAUUGGAAGGUGUGGCUGAAAGGAUAGUGCAUGUUGCACCUAACACGUGGAAUAUCAUUGCAAAUUGAAGUACGCGAACGGAUAUACUGCUGAGACUUACCUUCACCCUGAUGUGGCCCUGUAGCUGAGAGGUGCGACACUUCAAUAUGUCUCUCAAGGAAUCGCAGCAGUUUGAGAAGGGCCGCAUCAAGGCCCUUCAGGAUGAGAGAGUGUAUAUACAGAAGAAGACUUUCACAAAAUGGGCAAAUGCUUUCCUAGAGAAGGCGAGACUUGAGAUAAAGGACUUGUUCACAGACCUGGCUGAUGGCAAGAUUCUAAUGAAACUGCUGGAGAUUAUCUCGGGCGAGAAUCUCGGUAAACCGAACAAGGGGUUGAUCAGAGUGCAGAAAGUAGAAAACUUGAACAAAUGCCUCAAGUUUCUUGCAACGAAGGUAUACUUUGAGAAUAUUGGUGCUGAAGAUAUCGUAGAUGGAAACCCUCGACUGAUCCUGGGUCUAAUCUGGACCAUCAUCCUCCGAUUCCAGAUCCAGGAGAUCACAAUACAAGUGGAUGAGGAGGAGGAGAACAGUGAGAGGAGAUCCGCCAAGGAUGCUCUGUUGCUAUGGUGUCAGAGGAAGACUGAAGGCUACCCAGGAGUCAAGAUCACAAACUUUACCAACAGCUGGCGAAAUGGCCUGGGUUUUAAUGCCCUCAUACAUGCUCACAGGCCUGACCUGUUUGACUUCAAUAAACUGGAAGCAGGGGACAACCUGGGUAACUUGAACCACGCCUUCAACGUCGCCGACAGUGAGCUGGGGAUCCGCAGGAUUCUUGAUGCUGAAGAUGUGGACGUGAACAAGCCAGACGAGAAAGUCAUCAUCACCUAUGUGGCUUCAUAUUAUCACUACUUCGCCAAGAUGAAGAGUGAACUUACAGGAGGCAAGAGAAUUGCAAAGAUUGUUGGAAUGAUGUGUGACCUGGACAAGAUGGAGAAUGAAUAUGAAGGGCUGACAUCCAACCUGCUGGAGUGGAUCCGCCGUAAGAUGAUGGAGCUGAACAGCCGCAGCCUACCCAACUCCUUGGAGGGCAUCCAGAAGGAACUCAUCAAGUUCAAGGAGUACAUGACAGUCGAGAAACCACCAAAAUACCGUGAGCGAGGAAACAUUGAAGUGCAGUAUUUCAACAUCCAGGCUCGAUUGAAGGCUAAUGGCCAGAAGAUGUACACUCCUCCAGAGGGCCAGAUGAUCCACGACAUAGAGACAGCCUGGUUGCAGCUGGAGAAGGCAGAACACGGGAGAGAAGUCGCACUCAGAGAUGAACUUAUCAGACAAGAGAGACUUGAACAGCUAGCAAGGAGGUUUGCCAGAAAGGCUGCUAUACGCGAGUCAUGGUUAAAUGACAUGGAGCAGAUUCUGGAGGAACACAUCGAGUGUAGCAACGCUGCUCAGACAGAGGCUGCUGUCAAGAAACACGAAGCUAUCAGUGCUGAGAUCCUAGCAAGGAAAGACAGAUUCCGAGCUCUCAAUAGUCUUGCUAAGGAACUUGUUCAGGGAAAUUAUCAUGCUAAGGACGCUGUGAAAAACAGGGACUCUGAGAUCAUGCUGCGUUGGAAACGACUGCUUGACCAGCUAGAUGGCCGCAAGAGGACACUGUCCGGCUACAACAAUAUGAUGUCCAUGUUCCGGGAGAUCGAGAGCAUACAGGAAGAGCUCAAGGAAGUCGAGAACAAGGUGAAGGUGUCCGACUUUGGCAAGCACCUGCAGAGCACCGAAGACUUUCUCCAGCAACACAGCCUUCAUGAAGCACAGCUCCAGGCCCUGGCUAAGAGAGCUCGCAAGUUGAACCGACGGUCAACACAAUUUGCGGAGGAGGGCAGCAAAGAGGCUGCGCCAUUGGACAAACGACUAGGCAAACUUAAUCAGGAACUAGACAGAGUGCAGAACGUGAGUGAUGUACGACGGAAGGGUCUGGAGGUCGCCAAGGCCUACUACCAGUUCCUUCAGGAUUCGGAGGAGGAGGAGAGAUGGGUGGCGGAGCGUAUUGAGGAGGCCAAAUCUACCAGCACAGGCAAAGACCUCACUUCAGCCCUCAAGCUGCUCAAGAAACACGAGGGCAUGGAAGCAGAAAUGCAGGGAAGAGGGGGUCGUUGUGAGCAGAUUUGUGCUGUGGGUCAGGACCUUGUGAAUGGAGGCCAUAAAGCUAGAUCAGAGAUAGGGUCUCGCAUCAAAAGCCUUAUGGACAAGUGGAAGCAGCUGCAAGAGCUGGCCCGCAUCAGACGUACCAGACUGGAAGAUGCCAUCGAGGCACAGCAGUAUUACGCUGAUGCUGACGAGGCAGAGUCCUGGAUGAGGGAGAAGAUGCCACUCGUGUGUAGUGAUGAUCACGGCAAGGAUGAAGCCAGUGCCCAGGCUCUGCUGUCUCGACAUAAUCGUCUCGAGAAAGAUAUCAAGGCAUUCAAUGGAGAGAUUCGGCGUCUUGAAGAUCUUGCUAUACUCAUGACCAAGGCUGCCAGUGAGCAUAAUAUCUCCCCAGAAAAGUUCCGACCAGCCGAGAAUGGAGAACAUGAGCCCGAGGAAGAGGAAGAGGAGGAAGUUGUGGAGGUGCCCAGAGAAAUCGAGGUGGAGGAAGUGAGACAGAAGGAAGUUCUGCAGGAUGUUGUGGAAACUCGGAAAAUUCCUCAGGUCAAGGCCAUGUAUGGAUAUAAAGGUCAAGGCCUAAAAAUUGACAAAGGAGAGAUUCUGAUCCUCCUCCAGAGGACGAACAAUGACUGGUGGCAGGUGCGGAAGGCAGACAACACCGAGGGAUUUGUCCCGGCCAACUAUGUGAAGGAAGUUGACCCCAAGGUCGUGCAGAAGGUCGUGAAGCAACCUGUACAAGUCCCAGAACGCAUCAAAGUCAAGAAGACGGUCAUGCAGAAGGAAGUUGUCAGAAGGAAGUCGGACAAGGCGGCAAAACUGCGACGAGCUCCUUCAGUGAGAUCCAAGGCCAAUCUCCACUUCGACAAGGAUAACGUUGAAACCAGACAAAGAAGCAUCAAUGUUCUCUACACCAAACUCACCAAACUGGCACAGGCCCGAAGGAUCAGUCUAGAGGAUGCAAUCAAACUGUUCACCUUCUACUGGGAAUGUGACGAGUUCCAGGUCUGGAUGAAGGAGAAGGAAGGAGUACUGAAAUCCAGGGAGAGCCUGGCUGACAACAUGGAUGCUGUCAGGAAGAAGUUUGAGAACUUGCUGACAAGUCUGGCUGCCAACAAGGGUCGGCUGGACAACAUCAAUGUCCUGGCAGAAGACAUUAUAAAGUCUGGCAGCAGUCAGUCAGAUCAAGUCAAACGUCGCCAGAAGGAGAUCAAUGACAGUUGGGCUAACCUGAACAAGCUGAAGCUGGACAAGGAACGCUCACUAGAGGGCGCCUCAAGCAUUGAACUGUUCAAGUCAACAUGUGAUGAGCUGUCUGAGUGGAUCAAGGACAAGAACAAUGCUCUGAUGACUGACGAUGUGGGCAAGGAUCUCAAGGGAAUCGGGGCCCUUCAGCGACGACAUGCUAAUGUGGAGAGAGAACUUGUUCCAAUGGAGGAGAAGAUGAAGAGGAUGAACUACCUGGGAGACUCUGUGAAGUCCUCCUACCCCGAUGAGAGCGGCUACGUGGACCAGCGUCAACAAGAACUGGAGAAACUCUGGAAGGGGCUCAAGAGCAAGGCAGACAAGAGGAAGGGCCAGCUCAGCGAGGCCCAGAACCAACAGAAGUUCGGGGAAGAUGCCAAGGAUAUUCUGUCAUGGGCCGGAUCAAUGCGAGCUCGUCUGGCCAGUGCCGAGAUGCCUCAUGAUAUCCAGAGUGCUGAACGCAUGCUCAAGGAACAUGAGGAAGUUGGUGAUGACAUCAAGGCCCACAAAGACAAGUUUGCCAAGUUGAGGGCUUUGGGAGCAGAAGUCCUUGCCAAGAACCCUAAUGCCCAGGACGUGAAGGACCGCUUGAAGCGUCUGGAUGAUGAAGAGCGAGCAAUUGAUGAGCUUUACCGACAGCGCCAGAAACAGCUUCAAGAUGCUUACAACCUUCAGGUGUUCAACAAGGAGGCAGACACCAUCGAUGCCACCACCAGUGGUCACGAGGCCUUCCUGGAUUACAGUGACCGAGGGAGCACUAUGGCAGAUGUGGAAUCAUUGCUGCGGAGGCACGAUGACUUCGAAGGCAAAGUCCAAGCACAAGAUGAGAAAGUGAAAGGGCUUAAGGACCUUGCUGACAACCUGAUCCAGGACAAACACCCAGACAGAGACCAUAUUAACAAGAGAUGUAACCAGGCUGAGCGAAGAAACAAGGUCAAGGACAAAGCAGCUGAUCGUCGCAAGGCUUUGUUGGAAGCUCAGAAAUUCCAAGAGUUUAAACGUGAUGGAAAAGAGCUGUCUGACUGGAUGAAGGAGAAGUACAAGACAGCCACAGACGACUCCUACAAAGAUCUGUCCAACCUCAUGGCCAAGCUGCAGAAGCACCAGGCGUUCGAAGCUGAGUUGAAGUCAAACAAUGACAGACUGCAGGCUCUAAAUCAGGAUGGAAAGAAGAUGAUUGGUGAUGGUCACUACGCUGCUCCGGAGAUCAAGGAGAUCUCAGAGAAGCUGAACAGGGAGUGGGCAGACUUGAAUGAGAAAGCAGCAGACAAGGGGAGGAAACUCCGCGAAGCAACACAGCAGCAGACACUCAAUAGAGCUUUGGAGGAUGCACAGGCUAAGCUCGAUGAAAUGGAGAAGUCUGUUGCUAACCCGGAUGUUGGCUCAGAUUUGAGAGGAGUCAAGAAUCUGCUCAUGAAACAUCAGAAUCUUGAAACGGACUUGUCAACUCUUUCCGGCACAAUUCAAACAAUUGUGGCUCAGGGCAAGGAAAUGGCCGACAAAGGUCACUACAACUCUGCUGAUAUCAUCCGAGCUGUUGACGCCUUCAACAGAAGAUUUAAGAAGCUGGAGCCAGCUGUGGCAGCUCGCAAACAGAAGCUGCAGGAGUCGCUACAGCUGCACCAGUUUGUGUUCGACGCGGAUAACGAGCUGCAGUGGAUCAAGGAGCACCUGCCUGCAGCGGCAUCACAAGACAUGGGCAAAAACCUCAUCGACGCCCAGAAACUUCACAAGAAACACCAGGAUCUUGACCGUGAGAUUCAAGGCCACCAACCAAGCAUUGACAAAGUUUUGAGCACCGGAGACAAGCUGAUCGAUGACAAACACUUUGCCUCCAAACCCAUCAGAGACAAGUGUCAGGAGCUUCAGGUGUCCUGGGAUGAUCUCCUCAAGAAGUCCAAGAACAAGAAAAAGAACCUUGACAUCUCGCUGCAAACUCAGAAGUACCUGUCUGAGGUGGCAGAGGUCGAGGCCUGGAUCAACGAGAGGAUGUCCCUUGCCUCCAGCACAGACUAUGGAAGGGAUGAGAAUGCGGCAGACAAGAUGCUGGCCAAAAAUAAGGUUUUAGAAACUGACAUUCAGACAUACUCAGGAAUCGUUACCAGCCUGGGCAAGGAGUCCUCCAGGCUGUUCAAGCUGGGAUCAGCAGAUCCAUCUCUGCUGAAGAAGACUCAGGACAAUCUCCAGGACAACCUCAACAAGCUCCGUCGCUUGGCAGCGGAGAGGACGCGCAACCUCGAACACUCCAAGAGUCUCCACGCCUACAUGCGUGAGAGUGAGGAGUUCGAGGAGUGGAUCAACGAGCAGAUGCAAACUGCAUGCUCUGAGGAAUAUGGCCAAGAUUACGAACAUCUUCAGAUCUUGAAAAGUAAGUUUGAAGAGUUUAAGCGUAAGGUGGAGGCUGGUUCUGAGAGAUUCAAUCGAUGUGAGCGCCUCGCCAAGUGGCUCCUGGAUGACAAGGGACCUCACACUGUGCAGGUGCAGCAGAGGCAGGAGCACCUGCGUGAUGCUUGGAACACCCUGCUGGAGCAGAUCGAGUCCCGCGACUCCAAGCUACAGGGGGCGGAGGACAUUCAUAGAUUCAACCGAGAUGUAGAGGAGGCUUUGUCAAGGAUUCAGGAGAAGGAGUCCAGCAUCCCUGAUGAUCUAGGCCGUGACUACUACACCACCCAGAAGUACCUCAAGAAACACGAGGCUUUCGAGAAUGAACUGGUUGCCCUUGAAGCUCAGCUCCAGAUCCUGAUUGAUGACUCUGGGCGCCUGCAGGAGGCGUACCCCGGGGAAAAUGCCGACCAGAUCGAGGAGCUGCAGGCUGCUGUGGUGGACCACUGGGGCCACCUACAGGAGAGGGCAGAGAUCCGCAAGGGCCAGCUACUGGCUGCUGCUGACCUCCACAAGUUCAACGCUUCUGUGCGUGACCUGCUCGGCUGGGCCAAGGCUACGGAGCGAGAGAUGCUGGCAGAGAAGACUGUGCGAGAUGCACAGGCCGCUGACCUGCUGCGUACCCGACAAGACGAGAUCCGUGCUGAGAUAGACGCUAGAGGAAGCACAUUUGACGCAGUCAUCGGCACAGGACUAGCCAUGAUAGAGAAUGGACACUAUGCAAGUGAAGAGAUUUCGGACAAGGUGAACGAGGUGCAGCGGAUGCAGGAGCGGCUCGUGGCCACCUGGAACAAGAGGAAGGAGUACUACGACCAGCUAUAUGAUGUCCAGAUCUUCCUUCGCGAUGCUGAGCAACUUAACACUCUCAGUUCAUCCCAGGAGGUGUAUCUGGCCAGUCCCGACUCAGCAGAGUCUGUGGAGCAGGUGGAGGGGCUCCUGAGGAAACACGAGGCGUUUGAGAAGGUGCUGGAGACGCAGGAGGAGAAACUGUCAGCAGUCACAGCUCACGGACAACAGCUGGUGACAGACAACCAUUUCGAGGCUCAGACUGUACAGAAAACUAUGGCUGCUGUCAAUCAGAGACGAGGUCAUAUCAAAGAUUUGAGUUCCCAGAGAAAGAACAGAAUAUCAGACAACAUGUUAUAUGCCAACUUCAACAGAGAUGUUGCUGAGGCUGAAGGCUGGAUUGACGACAAGCUGAAGGUGGCGUAUGAGGACGACUUCCAGGACGUCACUGACCUGUACGACAAGAUGAAGAAGCUACAGAAGCAUCAAGCUUUUGAGGCCGAGAUUGUGGCCAACACUGACAGGAUCAGUAAGAUCAAGGAGCAAGGAGAUCUCCUCAUACAAAAGCGGCACCAGGCUUCAGGAGAUAUCCGGCAGUGCCUGCAGACACUCACGGCUAAGUGGAACGAGCUGCUGCAGGCUUCCACCAACAGGGGUCGUGGUCUGGGCGAGGCCAAGGACAUCCUGGAGUUCAACGAGCAGGUGGACAGAGUUGAAAUGUGGAUCAGAGAAAAGGAAACCCUGGUGAGUGCAGGCAACAUGGGGCGUGACUACGAGCACUGCGUGGAGCUGCAGAAGAAGGUCAACAACCAGGAGUCUGCUGGCAUUACUGUAGACGAGAAGCGUAUCAAGGCCAUCAAUGACCUGGCUGACAGACUCGUGUCCCAGGGACGCACAGACACCAAGGCGGUCAAACAGAGGCGGGACAAUAUGAACAAACAAUGGAAGGACCUACAAGGAGACCUCAACAACUACAAGGUGAAACUGGCGGCUGCCCUGGAGAUGCAUGCCUUCAACCGGGACGUGGAUGAUGUCAACGAGCGUAUUAAUGAGAAGGCAUCACUUUUGUCGGUAGAGGAUGUUGGGAAGGAUCUGGCAGGUGUGCAGGCGCUGCAGAGAAAGCAGGAGGACAUCGAACGGGACAUGACAGCGCUCCAGAACCAGUUGGAGAAAAUUGAGACCCAAGCUGUGAAACUACGUAAGAGGCAUCCCGACAUGGUGAAGUCCAUCGAGGAGAAGCAACAGGAGGCGGAGGACAACUGGGAGAGGCUGGAGGAACUGUCAGACACCAGAAAAUCAAAACUUGCAGAAUCAUACAGACUGCAGAAAUUCCUAGCAGAUGCUCGUGAACUGAUCCAGUGGUCCAAUGAGAUGAUGGCUAGGAUGAACUCUGGAGACCUUGCCAAAGAUGUGACCGAGGCAGAGAACCUCCUCCAGAUGCACCACGAGAGGAAGGCUGAGAUCGACGGCCGCAAGACUCACUUCACGUCCAUCCGGGAGAGUGGGAUGAACCUGGUGAACAACCAGCACUACGCCACGGAGCAGAUCCAGAAGACAGUGAAGGAGCUGGAGAAGACCAAGUUGGCCCUGAGUGGGUCGUGGGACAAGCGGAACCAUCUCCUCACGCAGUGUCACGACCUCCAGGUCUUCAAGGAGACCGCAGAGCAGGCCGACACAUGGCUUGCCACCAAGGAGGCUUUUCUGGCAAACGAAGAUCUUGGACACACUCUGUACAGCGUAGAGAGCCUACUGAAGAAACACGACGGCUUUGAGAAGACAGUGAAGGCCCAGGAGGACCGCAUCGAGGACCUGAACCAGUUCGCCACUGACCUGUGUACACAGCAGCACUAUGCCAAGGACGAGAUCACAUCCCGCUGUCAGACGGUCCUCAAGCGCAGGGACAACAUGUGGCAGCUUGCUGCAGCCAGACGCAGGAAGUUGGAGGAUUCACGCCACUACCAGCUUUUCCUCAGGAAUCUCUAUGAGGUUUCUGGCUGGAUCAACGAGAAGCUGCAGGUCGCCCUUGAUGAGUCUUACCGCGACCCUGUCAACCUCCAGAACAAGCUCCAGAAACACACAGCAUUCGAGGCUGAACUCACAUCCAACAGAAACAGAGUAGAUGCUGUUGUGCAUGAGGGUCAAGGACUGAUAGAUGACUCACAUUACGCCACACCGGACAUCAGAAAGAGGCUUGAGGAACUGGAACUCAGCUGGCAAGCCCUCAUUGCCGCCAGCACUGAGAAGAAGGACCGUUUGCAGGAUGCCUACAGGGCCAUGCUGUUCAACCGUGUGGCAGACGACCUCAACACAUGGAUGGACGAGGUCGAGAACCAGCUGGAGUCCGAAGACCAUGGCAAGGACCUCACAACUGUCAACGCACUGCUCAAGAAACAUCAGCAACUGGAGCAGGACAUCUUGACACACCAGGAGAAGGUGCAAGACGUUCUGGACGCUGCACAGGUGUUCAGGGAGUCACGACACUUCCUCAACAAGGAACUGCAAGCCACUGCACGCGAGGUCUCCGAGAGGUACAACUCGUUGUCAGAGCCGUGUCACAUUCGACGAGACAAUCUGGAGGAGGCUCUAAGAAUGUACCAGUUCUUCCGAGACGUGGAGGAUGAGUUGUCAUGGAUACGAAAAAGACCAACAGCAGAGUCCACUGAUCUGGGUCAUUCUUUGUCAGAUGUUCAGAAUCUCAUGAAGAAGCAUCAGUGGUUAAAGCUCGAGAUAGUGGCUCACGAACCUCUUAUCGAAUCGGUGGCUAAUGCAGCCCAGUUGAUGGUCCGUAGCAAGCACUUCGCCUCUCAGGAUAUCCAGUCUCGUCUUGAUGACCUGCACGGUCAACUGCAGCGGCUCAAGAAGACUACCACAACCAGGAAACUCAAGCUACAGGAAGCUCUAGAGGCACAGAAGUUUUACACUGAAGUUGCUGAAGCUGAGGCAUGGAUGAAUGAGAAGCUGCCACAGUUGACGAGCUCUGAUCUCGGACGCGACGGAGACCAGGUUCAGGCAUUGAUGAAGAAACUAGAUGCCUUGGAGAGAGACAUUGACAACUUCAGCAACAGCAUUGGAGAGUUGUCUGCCCUUAGUCGGACAAUCACAGAGAAGGAACACUACGACAGUGCCAACAUAAAGAAAAAACAAUCUGACAUCGAGCAGCAGCAUAGCCGCCUCCAGGACCUCGUCAAUCAGAGACGGGCCAAGCUCAUCGACAGCAAGAAGCUGUUUGAAUUCUACCAUGAGGCCAAUGAGGUGUCCAGCUGGAUCUCGGACAAGUGUGUGGGCGCAGCAUCCGAGGACUAUGGUCAGGACCUGGAACACAUUGAGGUAUUGCAACAACGAUUUGAGGACUUUGUACAUGAACUCUCGUCAAAUGAGGAACGGAUUAACUCGGUAUUAGCCAUGGCACAGAAUAUGAUUUCAAGCAAUCAUUUUGAGUCCACCAAGAUCAAGGCACGGGCUGAGGAAAUCCGGCAAAUCUGGUCUGAACUUAAAGAACUUGCUGAUGCCAGGAGAGAGGCUCUGAGUGGAGCGAAGGAGGUGCACAUGUAUGGACGGGACGCUGACGACACCCUGGAGUGGAUACAGGAGAAGGACACCGUGGUCAGCAGUGAUGACUACGGCCAUGACCUGGAGAGUGUCCAGGCUCUUCUAAGUCGCCAUGAAGGCUUGGAGAGACUUGCAGCCAUUAGUGAGCAUGUGGAGACAAUUACGAAGGAGGCCGAGAGCCUUCUUGGCCAUUACCCAGAUGCCCAGGAGCAUGUUGCAGCCAAGCAUGAGGAGAUGGUUCAAGCCUGGAACUACCUGGUGGAGAAGUCCACGAUGAGGAAGGAGAAGCUGCAACAGGCGCAGCAGUUGCAGAUGUACUUCAACGACUACAGGGAACUCACGGCUUGGAUCAGUGAGAUGAUGGCCAUCCUCACUGCAGACGAGUUGGCGCGGGACCUGCCGUCUGCUGAAGCCAUGGUUGCCCGAUACAAGGAGCACAAGGCUGAGGUGGACAGUCAGGAGGAGGCCUUUGUCAAGUUCGAGCAGACGGGCAAACAUCUCAUAAGCAAAGGCCACUUCUUGUCUGAUGAGAUCCAGGAGAAGAUCAAUCAGUUGAAAGAAUCUCAUGAUGGUUUGUUGCGCACGCUGGAACACAGGCAGCUGUUGCAUGAACAGAACCUGGAGGCUCAGCGUCUGCGCCAUGAGAUGGAACAACUGGACGCCUGGAUGAACCUGCGGGAACCGUUGCUGCGGGAGAAGAACUACGGCAACUCCAUAUCUGCUGUUGAGGAGCUGCUGAGGCGCCAUGCGGACUUCGAGAAAACCGUUGAUGCCCAGGAGGAGAAGUUCAUGGCUCUGAUGCGUGGCACUGAGAUUGAGAAGGCGUUUGCCAAACAGAGGCUAAUGGAACAGCAACUGAUGGUGGCUGAUGAGGCUCGCAGAGAGAAGGACAGGCUCGAUGAACUCCGCCGGAAAGAACAGGACAGGAUACUUGAGGAGCGACGACGAGAGGAAGAACAGAGACGUAAUCGGGAAGUGUUGUUGCGUCGCCAGCGUGAAGAUGAAGGUGAUGACGAUGAUGGAAAAGACGAAAAGCUGGAUAGAUCAACAGUAAAGAAUCUCAUUGGCCGUUCUCAGAGCAUCAAGAAUGUGACCAAACCAGACAUUGCUAAGCGAAAUGAUGUGCGUCGUGCAAUCAGUUUUAAACAGAGAGGAGACCAACCCCUGUCUCCAGUGUCUCUACAGAAGGCAAUGGAGUUUAAGCAGGGAGAGAGUGUCUGCCAGGACGAAGCAGAUGGUGGUGACGAGGUGAGUGCUCCAAGUCUGCCCAUGGCUCCUCCCCCCCGAGGCCAUGCAGCAUCCAAGAAAGAGGCCCUCACAAUGUCCCCACCUCUCAGUCCCAAGCAGAAGAGGUCUGAGCAGGUGAAGGAUGAGAGGAAGUCAAAGAGAACUCCCAGUUUUAACAUCCGCCGACGGACACGAAGCUUUAAGGAUAAGUACAAGCUCCCAGCAGACCUGCCCCCAGCGGAACUGGAGGGGUACGUGGACCGGAAGCAGGAGCUGCAGAUCGGAGGGAAGAAGGCAACCAUUCGGUCCUGGAAAAACUUUUAUACGGUGCUAUUUGGACAACUGUUGUGUUUCUUCAAGGAUAAGGAAGCCUACAGUGAAAGCCAGGCAGCAGCUCCUCCACUCAACAUCCACAAGGCAGACUGUGAGGUCGCAGCCGACUACACCAAGAAGAAGAACGUGUUGCGUUUGCACCUCAAUGACGGCUCUGAGUACUUGCUGGAGACGACAAGCACGGAGGAGAUGACAUCCUGGUUGGCCAAGAUCUCGCAUUAUGCAGAGGAGCCCCCAAUGUUUGACACUCUGGAAAUUACACACAUAAGUGCUACAGAAAUGGAUGAGAAUAGUGAUCAAGCCCUGGAGCCCAGCGAUCAGUUCACCCCUUUCUCGGGGUCAGAGAGCCCUCAGAGGGAGCAGAGUCCCCCUCCCAAACAAAGCCGGGUUGACAACAGCGCCAGUGGUGACUACAAACGUAUGUCUGCAGUCAUUGAAGCUAGCUCUGGUUCCGAAGUAGGAGAUGAUUUCGCAACACAUGUUCGGACAGGGAGUACAGCCAGCAACAGAUCAGAUGAAGACCGAACUUAUGUUGCUGGUGGAGUUUAUGCCCCAAUGGGAUCAAAUGGCAAUCACGACGGACAUGAUCAUGAUGAUGAUGAAGUCCAUUAUCGAUCCAAACACCCAGGAGCCGCAGGUGGCCGCCCGAUGUCCGAGCCAGCUGGUCACCUUGAUGACAGUCAUUCCGAGAAGGAGAAGAGGAAGAGUCAUGGGGUGUUCGGCUUCCUGAAGAAGAAGAAAGACAAGGACCACAAAGAUCAUAAAGACCUGAAGAAAGACCGGGUCUAAGUUAUCGGGAUAAGCAACAUCAAGUGCUCUAUAAUAGUAUCCCACACUCAGCAUUGUACCUACACCAUCGGUAGCACUUCCUAUAUUGGCAAGAUGGCAAAUCAGGUUCUGACAUAAUUUGUAUUGGAAUACAAAGUAUCUGUUAUAUGUAUAGGAAUACUGCAGAUUCAUAACGCAUGCUACACUGACAAUAUCUCCAGGUUUGUAUUGGAACACUGAGAGUGAUUCAGUGUGGAAUAACCCAUGAAGACUACACCUGCGUCAAUGCUGUACAGUCCCACAGGACAACAGGAGAGGCAAAAUGUCCGAUUUGGAAAUGUCUCAGAAUUUGUACAAUGUUCAGAGCAUCUGCCGGGAAUCAAAUACAACACUUUUGUGUUUUUGUACAAUUGUAUAUCAGGGUUGUUUCAGAGGAUUAAUUCUUGUGUAGGACAUAGUAUGGAACACUGAAGGCCACAGACGGGCUGAGAACAACCUUUAGAUUAGUAGACUAAUGUGUAUAUAGGUCACGGAUACUCCAGAAGACGACUGUACUGUCUUCAACUCUUGUCUCUGUAAGAUCUGGCCGAGGUCCAGUAGGAUGUAGGUUUCUAUGUUUACAUAUAGGUAUUUAUACAUAGUCUGUUAUAUAUUAUUUAAUGUGUAUCAGAGUUCUAAUUAUUUUAAACCAGCCAUGACGGUUUCAGUACAAUAACAUCACCAGACCCCAGCAAACUAGUCCUGACUUCUUCCAUCGUCUUACAUCUCAUUUUUCUAACCAAGAAACAUGCCAAAGCUGAAGUGAGAGAGGUUGAUUUUUGUCAAAUAUUUCACUCUAUUGGAACUCCACUGAAUUCUUCUUUCCAGUUUAGAAGAAAUGAUCAUCAUCUUAAGGUCAUCAUUGUCGUGUAGGACUAGUUUGCUGGGCUCGUUGAUAUCAUGACAUUGGUUGUGAUUGUAUCAUCUUGGAAAUACUGUUGUUACCAUGGACACAGUCUGUAUAUUAUGUGGUUUAUUGCUUCUUCCAAUAUCUAUCUCUUCCAGCUUUGCAUGUUGUCAGCGUUAGAGACUUAUUAGACAAAUAGUUAAGUUUGAUGCAUAGUUUUUUAAUGAAAUGUUGAAAUAAUAAAAUUUUAUUGAUGUUGUGAGUUAAGUGUUCAUGUGAGACUGAAUCAUUGAUCAUGUUGUUGACAAGUUUCAUAGUUAAUUCUUGCAUACAUUUCACAGACAGCCACUGUUUUACCAUUGUCAUUUAUCAUAUUUUGAUACAGUUACAUUAAUGUUGUAAGUCAAAAAUGGGAACAUUCCUUUCAUAAAAAUGUUAAUAAUCUCAUUCCAUCAGUUUUUGUGGCUGAAACAUUUUAAAAACGUUUGUCAGAUUGCAACCAUUCCAGAAAAAAACAGGACAACAUAGAAUGGAAUUUGAGAUAGAGGCUAUUACUUGUUGGCAUCCAGGUACAGAAGCAUGAUUGCUAUAUCCUUCACAAAGUGCUAUUAGUAUUACAGCUGACAGUUUGGGAUGUGAAUGUCCAUUGAGCAUAAUAGAGCAAGAUUGAGCCAGCUACAUACUACUGUGAUAUAUUCGUGUCCCAGUGCCCAGGACAACAGAGUGCCUUCCCUUGGCUUGUGUGUAGACACACAAUCAACAUGCAAAUCUUACUGCCUUUACUCUCUAUCUUUUCCUUGCAAGAAGUCAUUUUUGAUUAUUGUUUAAAAGAUUUAGCAAUCGGUGUGUUCAGAUUCCACUUGCCGUCCAUUUUGCGAGUCACGUUCUACAGAAAUGUAGCGAGCUUCCAUGUAGUAAGGAUUCCAAGUUUGGCAUUACUGCGAUACUGCCAUUGAGCUUUUCUAACUGAGUGAUCGAACUUGUUGCAAGUGAAAAUCAGGGGACCAAUAAUUGAAGUAUGUUGUAAUUUUUAUACAAAUAUUACAUUCCUGUUCCUUCAAUUCAAAGAUUGAAUUUUGAAUCUCUGUAAGCUCUUAAGUCUGUUAAUAUUUAUGAUUCAAAUUAAAACCACUGGUGCUAUUUCCAAUAGUCUGCAAUAACUUACAAAAACAGAUUAUAUUUUAUUAAUCGUGAAGGUUAUAUCCGUACUCAUUGUAGGCCAUGUUCAUGAUAUACAGACCAUGCUUGUGAUUGUAGAAACUGAUUGCAAGUGCUAAUAGACAGAAUAUGCCUCGUAUAUCCACUGACUUGUUACUGGUAAUAAAACAUUUACAUAAUA